UAGCUAGUUCUUUCAAAUUAUUAGACACAUUCAUCCAUCUUCCAUAUUCAUAUUCCUAGCAUUAGUCCUUCCACAAUGAAGUUCUUUAGCUGGAUGCAAAAUAAACUUGGUGGGAAACAAGAGAAUAAAAAAUCAAACACAUCUACAUCUACUACAUAUCAUGCAAAACAAGAGCCUAGAGAAGAAUUCAGUGAUUGGCCUCAUAGUUUGCUAGCAAUUGGAACAUUUGGAAACAACAAUGAAAUCACACAAAACAUAGAUAACCAAAAUAACCAACAAGAGGAUCCAUCUUCAACAGCAGAGGAAAUACUAGACUUCACUCCUGAAGAAAUUGGGAAACUACAAAAGGAAUUAACUAAACUUCUACGAAAAAAACCAAAUGUCGAAAAAGAGAUUUCUGAGCUUCCUCUUGAUAGAUUUCUUAACUGUCCAUCAAGUUUGGAGGUUGAUAGGAGAAUCAGCAAUGCACUUUGCAGUGAAUCAGGUGGUGACAAAGAUGAAGAUAUUGAGAAGACACUUAGUGUUAUACUUGAUAAAUGCAAAGAUAUUUGUGCCGAAAAAAGCAAGAAAUCAAUUGGAAAGAAAUCUAUUUCUUUUCUUCUCAAGAAGAUGUUUGUUUGUAGAAGUGGAUUUGCUCCAACACCUAGUCUUAGAGAUACUCUUCAAGAAUCAAGAAUGGAAAAGCUUUUAAGGACAAUGCUUCACAAGAAACUAUACACACAAAAUUCUUCUCGGUCAUUAGUAGUAAAGAAGUGCAUAGAGGACAAGAAGAAUAUUAGAAACAGGAAUGAGGAUGAAGCAGAGGAGAGAAUUGAUGAAGGAAGUAAAUGGGUCAAGACUGAUUCUGAAUAUAUUGUUCUAGAGAUAUAAUAUUGCCUCUACUUUUAGUACCUUUUAUUAGUUCAUGUUAAGAUUGAAGAAAGAAGUGAAAGACAUAUAAUGUAUGUACAAGAUUAUGGGGAGAGUAUGAAGUGGGGCACAAAUUUUUCUAAAUGAAGUUUAUAUGUGAUAUCUUUAUUUUGUUAACGGUGCUACCCGUUAAUUUUUUCAUGUGUUUGUGUCUACAAAUGUGGAACAACUCAUGUUAUGGAAAAUCACAAAAUGGAUUUCUGAUUUGUAUACUAGCAUGGCAUGGCAUGGCUAGAUUUUCAUUACACACAAAUUUCUCAUCUUUUUUUUACUCCACUUUGUUGUUACCUAGUUACUCUCCUUGUAAACUUGUUGGAAAUAUUGAUAUAUAUUUUUUCCUACUUCA